GCCAUGCCACAUCGGCUUACGCUCGACAUCAAAUACAUGGGCCUACCGUGGGCGGGAAGCUUUACGUUAGCGCCAGACGUGACGGAGAAAACCAUAAACAUGUCGUGCGACGGGUCGGACGGGCCGGGCCGGCCGCUGCAGGUGAGCGUGCGCGCCGAGCGCCGCGCCAGCUGGCGGCUGUUCCUGCACGCGCAGCACUGGCUCAUCAACAAGACGCAGCUGCCGCUGCAGCUCAAGGGCCAGCACUCGGACAUCUGGUACGAGCUGACCGACGAGCCGGUCCUCUGGCGCGCCAGCGGGCGUUCCAACCGCGCGUCCGCCUGCCGCGUGCGUCUGCGCGCGCACCACAGCGCCACCUCGCGUCGCACUCCGCUCGCCGCCGCCGCGCCCGGCCUCGUCGUCUGCUCGCACUCGGAGCGGCGCACCGACUACCGCCUGCUGCUGUGCGUGAGUACACAGCCGGCACUGUGCGUGCGUCUGCGGGCGCACCACAGCGCCACCUCGCGUCGCACUCCGCUCGCCGCUGCCGCGCCCGGCCUCGUCGUCUGCUCGCACUCGGAGCGGCGCACCGACUACCGCCUGCUGCUGUGCGUGAGUACACAGCCGGCACUGUGCGUGCGUCUGUGGGCGCACCACAGCGCCACCUCGCGUCGCACUCCGCUCGCCGCCGCCGCGCCCGGCCUCGUCGUCUGCUCGCACUCCGAGCGGCGCACCGACUACCGCCUGCUGCUGUGCGUGAGUACACAGCCGGCACUGUGCGUGCCUGCGCCCGGCCUCGUCGUCUGCUCGCACUCCGAGCGGCGCACCGACUACCGCCUGCUGCUGUGCGUGACGCUGUCAGAACUGUGUCCACAGUUAACCAAGAUCGUGACUCUUCUCCCGUACUUUGUCGUCUACAACGACACGCGGCGCCACCUCCGCUUCAUGGAGGAAAACGAAGCAGCCGACCUGUGGCUUGACCUGGCGCCGCAGCAGUGCGCGCCAUUCUGGCCUCAAACGGACUCCAUGAUGAUGCACUGCAAGUUCCGAGACUCCUGCGUCAUCUCACAGCACUUCCCGAUCACGAAGAAUCAUUUUACAGUGCUCAGGAUGGAUAAAGGGGAAAGCAUCAAGCAUUUGAACUGGGUGGAGUUACAGUUCCAGUACACUCAGCUCAGUAAACUUGUGAGGAUUGUAGACCAGAGCGUAACUCCAGUGAUUUGCGUCAACUUUGCAACUAGCAUGCUGAUUAUUUGCCAACAACUGUACUCCAUUAUGGGGUAA